AUGCGGACCGUUGGUUUCGUACUGUGCUGGCACACCACCUCUGAUUGUCUGUCAGUUAAACUUCAUAGUGUUUCUUGUCUGCAUAUUUCUGGCGAUCUGUACAGGAGUUUUAAUUCCUGUUUCUUCCUUGGUCUGCUACGUUACUCGUUGUUGUUCCACAACAGAGCGAUUAUGCCGACUUGGCCACGCAACCGACGGUGAGAUGAUUAAACUGAAUUCGAGUAGUUUACAACGUUUUGUUUUCUAUUCAUUUUUCCACUUUCGGCUUUUUAAACUGGUAUCCGAUCGAUUUUGA